GCCAUGGCGACGCGCGGCGGCAGUGCCCCCGGGCGGCUCCCGGGGAGACCCCCCGCGGGGCGGGCACACGCGUGACGGCGGAGCUCCGCGCCGGCGGGCCCGGGCGGUGGCGACGGCGGCAGCGGCAGCAACGGCGGGCGAGGCUGCCGCCGGCCAUGCCAGUGCUCGCGCCCGAUGCUGAGUCAGAAACAGGUAUCCCGAAAUCCCCCUCUGAGGCGCGGCGCUCGGAGGCCAUGGAGGAACUAGAGCACACCUGCCCCCAGCCUCGCCUGACUCUGACAGCGCCUGCUCCAUUUGCAGAUGAAACAAGCUGCCAGUGCCGAGCCCCCCAUGAGAAGUUAACCAUUGCGCAAGCCCGUCUGGGAACACCAGUUGACAGACCUGUCAGAGUGUAUGCAGAUGGGAUAUUUGACCUCUUCCACUCUGGCCAUGCUAGAGCUCUUAUGCAAGCCAAAACUCUAUUCCCAAAUAGCUACUUAUUAGUAGGAGUUUGCAGUGAUGAUUUAACUCAUAAAUUCAAAGGCUUCACUGUGAUGAAUGAAAAUGAGCGAUAUGAAGCUCUCAGACACUGUCGCUAUGUGGAUGAAGUCAUCAGAGAUGCACCCUGGACACUGACACCUGAGUUCCUUGAAAAACAUAAGAUUGACUUUGUAGCCCAUGAUGACAUCCCGUACUCCUCCGCUGGCUCGGAUGAUGUAUAUAAACACAUAAAGGAGGCAGGAAUGUUUGUACCAACACAGAGAACCGAAGGUAUCUCGACAUCGGAUAUCAUCACAAGGAUCGUACGGGACUACGAUGUGUAUGCCCGGCGCAAUCUCCAACGAGGAUACACCGCCAAAGAGCUGAAUGUUAGUUUUAUAAAUGAGAAGAAAUACCGCUUUCAAAACCAAGUGGACAAAAUGAAAGAAAAAGUCAAGAAUGUGGAGGAAAAAUCAAAAGAAUUUGUUUACAAGGUGGAAGAGAAGAGCCAUGACCUCAUUCAGAAAUGGGAAGAAAAGUCCAGGGAAUUUAUUGGCAACUUUUUAGAGCUGUUUGGACCUGAUGGAGCCUGGAAGCAGAUGUUCCAGGAACGAAGCGGCCGAAUGCUCCAGGCUUUCUCUCCCCGGCAGAGCCCCAACAGCAGCCCUACACGAGGCCGCUCUCCAUCCCGCUCUCCGUCUCCACCCUGGGUCUUCAAUAAAGCCUCCCCACCCUCCUCUCCAAAAGCUGCCUCUGCCUCCCUCAGCAGCAUGAGCGAGGGAGACGAGGAUGAAAAGUAAAAACAAAGUUAGAUUUUUUUUAACCAUGAGACAGAAGAACAAGCUAUGAACUCAACCGCUGGAUGGGGAGAAGCACGGGGAACACCAGGGGUAUCUCUGACAGCAGGGAAUGUGCUCUGGGAGGUGUUGAAAACAGACUGGAGCGCAACAGCAAAGGAGAUCUCAGGAAGACCUUAUCCCAUCCCCACUCCCUUGCGGCACCUGGAGGCCCGGCCGGCAGCGCUUGCCAGACACAAUGCCAGGGACUGGCCAGAAAAACAAACACCUUUGUGCAAGGUCCUGUCCACAUGUUGCUGCUUGUGGCUGCUGCAGCCAAGCCAGCAGGGAACUCUGCAGCGAAUGGGGCUGGGGGCAGGAGCCCGGUCAGCUCCCGAUCCAGACCUGGCACACAGACAGAUGAUGGCUGCAGCCUGUGGAUGGAGAAGAUGCAGUUGUACGGGACCCUGCUAACCCUGAGCUCUUCUUGGCACGUCAAGGAACGGCAUUGCUGCUGCAAAAACAUCCAGAAACAGGAAAUCAACUUUGACUUUUUUCCUUUUUGAAUGAAAUCUGCCCCAGACCCCAAAUCAUGCCAGUGAAAGAGACAGCUCUUCAGCUGAGUUGGUGGAAAUCCAUUUGAUAUAUUCCAGCUAUUGAAUGCUGCUUGUUGACCAAGCCUAUGUAUGGGGUGUAUGUAAAGAGUGAGGCUGUAUCUGCUUUAUCAAAUCGCUCUCCACGUUCCUAGUGCCUGAACAGCAACCUGGUAACUUCUGUUUUGCUCCCUGGUUUUGCACUUUGGAGGCAAGAAAGUAAAUGAAGACAGCCCUAGCUGGAAUGUGGUGUUGUAGGAAAUGGUUAGUUUGAAGACAUUGGUGAUUAUUACUGGUGAAUUCACACACAUGGGAUCCCAGGCCUUGGUACAUGGCCUCCUAGGAUAUCCUACUGCUCCCAGCUACAUAUCGCCAACCAACGAGCACAGCCGUGCUGCUGUCCUCAUGUGCUACUCAGCUGGUUAAACAAACUUCUCAUCAAACUCUAAACAAGAUGUGUUCACAGACACCCUGCCCCUGCAGGGGUCCUGAGGCCAUUCCUCUACCCUAACAUGGGAAGAAAGUUGGAAAAAAAACAAUGGAAACCUUUUAAAUGGAAUUAGGCAUGGGGAUCUCCUUUUUCCAUCCAUGACACCCAUACAGCCCCAAGCAGAACCACAGAAGGGUAGCAGGAAUGAAGCUUUCCCCUCCCCUUGAUGCACUAAACUGAUCUCUCCCCAGCCUGGCAAAGCCCGACCUGCCUGAAGUCCAGCUCCCCGCCAUCCAGCCCCUCAGCAGGCACCUGGUGAGGGGGCUGCAGACUCACAGGAUUUCUGAGCAUGAGGGGCCCCCAGUCCCCAAAGCUGCCCUGCCCCACAGCUCAGAGCGCCACAGGAGACACCCAGCCCACAUCACUGCUGUUGGGCUGUGAAGCAACAACGUGAUUUUGCUCCCAGGCCUGCCUGGUGAAGCUGCCUCAGCACAUGUAGGAGGCUCUGCCAGGCCCGCACAGCACAGGGCAGCCUGGGCAGGGGGUCAUGGCAGCGACAUCGCCGCUGUGACACAGCUCCCUGGAGCUCCCUGCAAACCCAUCACAACACACAGGCAGCACCAGCCAGUGCUUUGCUGGCUCCCUGCGCAGGAGAGGCUGGGAGAAGGAGGGCUCCAAACAGCUCUUGGACAAGAACUGAGGGAACAAGGUGCCCGAGUGCCUGAGCACAGGGUGGUAGUCAAAGCCAACAGCAGUUUCCCCCAGGUGACUAUCCCUACUUCCUCAAAUGACCUAGUAGGUAAACUCCUUUCACUUCUUCCCUUCCAGAUACUUCUUCGGGCAGGUACAUUAGAGACCCUUGUACCAGGCACCAAAUAAGCCCCACACUCUGUUCAUUCCCCACAGUUUUUAUCUGUUCUCCACUAUGGGGUAACUUUUCCCUUUGGGAAUAUUUUGCCAAACACUCCUUGAAGUACCAUGAGACCGAGUACGUACUAUCUCAUGGCACACUUUGUCCUCUGGAGUAGAGUUCCUUCUUCACAGAGCUGAAAACCAAGAUGAGCAGGGAACAGGGUGGAAGGUGCAAGGGAAGAGCCACACGCAGUUCAGCUGCAACCAGCUGUGCACCCACUGGGACGAUGCAAUUAAGACCUUUCUCAGCCUUAGGCAACCUGUUACUGUAAUUUCAUACCUGGGAUGCACUUGUUAAGCUUUUCUUAUCCUUUGCAACUCUUGAGUCUUCCCACCACAAACCACUCCUCCACCAUGGGAACCAUCUGCUUUCUACUGGUGCUGUUUAUACCAUGAGCCAUCUCCAAAUGUAACAGGGGUGGGCAGGUUUUUGUUGUUCUUGGCUUUUACAGUUCUUGUUGUUGUUGUUUUAAUUUCAUAACACUUACCAUUCAGCAGCCCUUGUUCAGUGGUUUGAGUGGAUGACAGCACCACAACUUGUAAAUAGGAAUGGGAGGAAAAAUUCACCCGUGACCUCUUCUUAACAGAAGCUGUUUCUCAGAGUUACAGGUGGCCACCCAGUGACAAAGCCAUACACUGUACCAGACAUCCUUUCACAUUUUGGAUAUCAAUAAGCUGAAGCCUUUGCCCUGCUGGUACAGACACCAAUAUCCAUGUGCUGUCUCCAGCAAACCAUAACCUCACUGUCUCUGGACAGGUGGAAGACAAUUUUGCACUUCUGAGUCAUGGUUGGGUUUUAUUUUUCAUAAGCGUUGCUUUAGUUCAGUCCUAUUUAUCAGCCAAGCUCCACAGGAAAAAUAAACCGUGUACAACAGA